AUGAGCGCGGUGGCCAGCUCGCUUUCGGUGAACCUGAGCCACGUUUUGCAGAAGAAUGUGCAUCUGCUCGACCUCCAGUACGACCACUACUGCAAGUACCUUGCAGCUGGGUGUCGAUCGCAGAAUGGCUCUGAGGUUGUGAUUUUGGAGAAGGACGCGUCUGAUGGCGAUUCCGGCAGCUUCCACGUGGUAAGCAGCGUGAGCACUCGUUGCGACCCUGUGUUGUUGUGCUGGGCUCCCCCCCAAUUCGGGAGGAUUCUGGUCGUGGCGUUGAGCGACAACUCCAUUUCGUACUACCAGCAUGCGCCCUCGUCGGGCGUGUGGCAGCUGUCGUUGUACCACGAGAAGCGCGAGGUGCAGAAGUCGAUAAGUUGUAUGAGUGUCGGCGUCUCACCGAAGGGCGAGCUGCUAUGCGCCGUCGGUUCUCCAAGCGGCAGCAUCAGUGUGAUAUUUUGUGAGGGAUCGUUCGAGUGCGUUGACUUUCCGGCUCACUGCGGCGGUGUGAGCAGCGUGUGCUUCGCCGGUAACGACAGUGUGUUGUCUAGUGGCGGUGAUGGCCGCCCGUGUCUGCUUGCCAGCGGUGGCAGCGACGGUUGCGUGAAGGUUUGGCAGCUAUUCGAUCGCAAGUUCCAGCUGUUGAAGACUUUGUCUCUGGAGUGCGACUCUAAGAGCCUUACGCAGGUGAAGUGCCUGUGCUGGAACAAGAGCGGCGAUCGCUUGGCGGUUGGUACGGGCGCCGAGCUUCUGUUGUUCGGCGGUGCUCCCGAGUGGUCGGAGAGCCAGCGCGUUGGCCUUCCUCGUGCGUCAGUGAAGGUCUCCGUGUCCUUCAGCAACGAUCGCCUGGUGGUGUCGUGCGACAACGAGUGCUUCGUGUACCGCGCCGACGAGCGAGGCGCGUACGCGCUCUCCGGCCCGCUCGAAGCUUCCAACGAGUAA